GCUCGAAUUAGAAAGUAGCACUGCCACAGGGAUGGAUGCUGUUUGUUCAUUUUCACACUCGACUUACCAUAUGCAUGGCCUGCAGGCCCACCCAAGGUGAUAGCAGGCAGAUAUUAAUCACUUGUAACAAACUCAAAGGCUCACCUGGAAUGCAUGUCUCAUUAGCUUCCCCUGUUGAGGGAAGUAUGAAUUGUCCCUGCUGGUCAGCCAAGCUGGUCUGAAUCUUGAUUUCGAUCAUGCCAAGACGGUCCCCUCUAGAGGCUGACGCACACCACCUCUACACAGAGCGUGUCAUCCACUCCUUUUGCAGUCAAGCUUGCUGUCCUUAGCAUCGCACUCUAAGUUCCGUUACUCGCCAUGAUCACUCCACAAACUGCCCCUGUUGCUCGCGCCAUCCCCAACCGCAUACGGUGUCGACCUGUCUCCAGCGGUACGGCCCUCUGUAUUGGAGACAUCGUUAUAAUCAUCGUUAUCAGUACUAUCUUUAUCCUCGCAAUCUCGUGUGCUUUCUGGACAUGGCGGUCAAUUCGUCGACGUGCCAUUGCUGAUCAGGAACAAGCUUCAUCUAAUCGCGAUCCCUACAAUGUGGUCUCGUGUUCGCUGGAAGACUCCGUUCUCGUAAGAAAGGGUAUCGUACGCGAACCGAGCAAGCCAGCGCAAGCCAAAACAGCUGGACCUGACGUCUUCUGGUCACCGCAGGCCCAACUGCCUGAACUCAAGUUCCAUCUUGAUCCACUACCCACCACAGAAGACAUGACAGAGAUGAGAAACAACUUUUCUAUUCGCCCAUUCUCUUGCCACUUUCCAUCAUCACCCUCUCCGCGUUCCAGCUUGGUAUGUUCGAACCCAGCUCUAUUGCAGUCACAGUCCUUCGGAAGCACGAUUCAUCUCACGACACGGAGCGGCAGCCCGAAGCUCAACGUGUUACCAGAUGGCGUGCGUUCUGAAGGUGGUGGUGCAACGGUUCCGGCUGUUGUACCCGGUCACAGAUAAUUCUCAUUUGAGUGUGAAGCCGUAGAUGACGGACGCUGGGCUACUGUGCGGAGCCGUGAGAUGAUCAUCGAAGUUGUUCUAUUACUUUUUGUGUUUGAAGCACAUGUUUGCAGGAUAAUUUGCAGUCUUCUAUGGCGAUUGAGUACACCAUCCAGGCAAUUGACAUUAAAUGUUGCUUUGUGCGUUGAUAAAAUCGGGGGGUUCAAUACCCGCUGUAUGAAUCGUCUCUCGUC